AUGGGUCGAGGAAAGUCAACAAUAGAACUGAUAAAGAAAGAGAAGUGUCGCUUGGUGACUUAUCAGAAAAGGAAGAAGGGAUUGGAGAAGAAGGUUCAAGAGUUUGUUACUCUCUGUGGAGUUCCUAUGUGCAUGAUAAUAUACCGGCCGAAGAUGAACAAUCGCCCUGCAGAGAUGGAAACUUUUCCAAAGAAACGAGUGGAUUUUCUCAAAGUUUUCGAUUCGUUUAGAGAGAAAGCAGUUUUAUCCGAUCGUGGUGUAAAAACUCUAAACUUGUUUGAUUUCUUAACGAAUCGGAGGAGAAAACUUGAACAAAAAAUUGAGAAAAUUCAGAAGGAUAAUUUGGAAAAGAAGUUCCCAUGUGGCUGGAGUGAUCUUCUAGAGAAUUGUUCCGACGAUCAGCUAAGUCUUCUUCUAGCUAAACUUGACACUAUUCUUGAAGUCGCUAGAAGAAAAAUUGCAGUUUUAAAGGAAGAAAAAACUCGAAUAGACGCCUGCAACAAUGCUCAGAUUUUGUUUCAGAAGAAUAAUAAAAUCGAAGGAGUGGAAAUCAUUAAUAACAGGCAAAUUAAUCCCCCAUAUUAUCCUUCUAAUCAGGCUCUCUCAGUGCGACCGUUGGAUCUUAAUCCUGUCGAUAGUCCCCUGAAUUUGAUGAUGAUGAACGGCGGUGAUUUAUCUCAACUACAAAAUAAUACCUACCCUCAAGUAGUGAAACCAAUGUACUCUGAUCCAAUGGAUGCAUUGCUGGUAGAAAAUCCUAGACCUUUGAAUUUCUUUUAUUCAGGUUUGCGGCCAUGGCCACCCUAUGAGCAAUUUCCUGUUGUUCAAAAUUACUCUUCUCAAAUGCAAGAUCAGCUUGACUCUCAGUUCAAUCCUGAGUUCCAUUUUGACAUGAAUCAGUUUGGAGCCCAUAGCAGGAGAAGAAUGCUGUAG